AUGCGGCGUGUUCGGAUGCGGCUAGGGACUAGGGACUGGGUGUUGCUAAGUCUGGAUGCCUCCGGUAAAGCCGCCGGCCUGCAGGCGGGGUGCAUCCCCGCAGCGAGCAGGUGCGCCCCUCCGGCUCUGCCUCCCAAUCAGCCGCACCAGAAAGGCUGCGUGACUUGGCACAUUCCCAGGGUGGAGCGCCGGGGGUGGAGCAGGACGGUAAAUAUAAGGCCUCCGGGUCCUCCCCACUUCCUGCCACACUUGCCCGCCGCCGCCGCCAUGCCGUCUUACACCAUCGUCUACUUCCCGGCCCGAGGACGCUGUGAGGCCAUGCGCAUGCUGCUGGCUGACCAGGGCCAGAGCUGGAAGGAGGAGGUGGUGACCAAGGAGACCUGGCUCCAGGGCCCACUCAAGGCCACCUGCCUGUAUGGGCAGCUCCCCAAGUUCCAGGACGGAGACCUCACCCUGUACCAGUCCAAUGCCAUCCUGCGCCACCUGGGCCGCUCCUUGGGGCUCUAUGGCAAAGACCUGCAGGAGGCGGCGCUGCUGGACAUGGUGAAUGACGGCGUGGAGGACCUCCGCAGGCUGUGCGGCCACCUCAUCCGCCACAACUAUGAAGAGGACAAGGCCCGGUAUGUGGAGGAGCUGCCGGGGCACCUGAGGCCUUUUGAGACCCUGCUGUCCCAGAACCAGGGCGGCCAGGCCUUCAUCGUGGGCAGCCAGAUCUCCUUUGCCGACUACAACCUGCUGGACCUUCUGCUGAGCCACCAGGUCCUGGUCCCCAGCUGCCUGGACGCCUUCCCCCUGCUCUCGGCCUAUGUGGCCCGCCUCAGCGCCCGGCCCAAGCUCAAGGCCUUCCUGGCCUCCCCCGAGCACGUGAACCGCCCCAUCUUUGGAAGCCGCAAGAUAUGAACCCCCUCAGCCUCUCCCCCCCCCCCGCCCCCAGUGAGGGGUGCCCUUGGGACCAAUAAACACCGUGAGAGGAGAGCCACACUGUGGUCAUGGGGGACCCUCUGCCCCUUCCCAAGCUGCCUCUGGGAGGAUAAGGGCUGGGCCAGGCCCUGGAAAAGCUUUAGGCUCCCAGUGCUGCCAGGAGUCAAAGAGGCAUUCUAAGUCCAAAGAGGAAGAUGAGAUUCCAAACCUCAGAUCUCCAUCCUGGAGGACUUCCUGCAGGAGGCGGGCUUGCAUGCUUAUGGCAGCCUGGGAACCAUCUCCAUCCAGGAGGAGGGCAGCCCCGAACAGGGCAGAUCGUCCCUGCCAUGGUCCAUGUGACGAGUUCUGUCGUCUGGCACAAGCAGGGUGGCUGCUCCCUGCACACGCAGCUGCUGGGCACAUACUUCGCUUGGGAGUGACACACACACUUAGGUGACUCACAUGCAGGUCAGUGGUGCCUGUUCUCGUGCGUGCGGCAGGUGUCCAGCAGGGCCCAGGUGUGUGACUGCAAUAGACCAGGGAGCUCUAGGUACGUCGUGCUGCUUGGGGACCUGAAGGGGGUCAGGGGUUUCCUCCAGCUCCAAGGAGCCUCUGUCAGCCCCGGGUGAGAGCACCCUGGCUCCUGCACAGUCCCAGCCCGUCUCCCUCCUGAAAGGCUGUGACCGCCUCCUGCCUGGCACCCUCAGCCUGCCCCGCCCCUCCUGUUGGCUCGUUGGGCAAAGUGGAGUCGAACAAUGCCAGAACUCUGGGCACUCCCGGUGCAAAGCUCUCAGGGGCUCCUUGCUGCCCUGCAGGCAAUGUCCACAGCCUGGUGAGCCUGCCAGGCCCUCCUUGAUGUGACUUUUCCCGUGGAAUCCAGAAUGUUCCCCACCCGCCUGCCUGGUUCACCCUUAGAGCUGCUCUCGGCUCUCCAGAGAGGGCAGCUCUGCCUCACAGCC